UUGCGCUAUGCGCAGUUUUUGGACAAAAUGUUUACAUUUUGUUGCGGGCAGCCUUCUGCGGUUCUUCACAGUACUUCCGGACCCGUAAUAAUGCAGAAAAUUGACAAAAUUCCAUGAGAUCUUGACAUAAGUAUACAGUGAUCUCAAAUUCUGCUAAAUCUCCGCGAUGGGUGGUUACGUGAGUAGAAUUGCAUCGAUGUCGAACAUCGCCGUUAACUCGGCAUAUCGCGGGCGCAAGAGAAAAUGCAUCGAGGAGGAUGGCUUCGAUUUGGAAUCGGAUUUUAUCGACAAGACUCUGCAAACGCCAAAAAAAAGGAAAUUAUUGACCACGGCACAAUAUAUAUACAAGACUUUGUUUCAAGAGGAGAAAGGUAGCGACGUUACUGUUCUCAUGCUCGGGAAAGCAUGGAGACUGCACAAAGUAUACAUAAGCCAGAGUCCCUAUUUUGCAAGUAUGUUUUCGGGUUCUUGGAGAGAGACUAAUGAGAAAAUUAUUAAUGUUGAAAUUGCUGAUCCUAAUAUCACGUCAGAUUCUUUAUUAACCGUACUGGGAUCAUUUUACCAAGAUGAAGUUAGUUUGGAGCCAAAAGACGUUAUAUCAAUUUUGGCAACGGCAACGCUAUUCCAAUUACAGGGCUUAAUUGAUCAAUGCACAGACAUUAUGAUAGAGACUACCAACAUCAAAACAGUGGUGCCCUAUUACAAUGCUGCCAUGUCCUAUGGAGUGCCAGUCGUUAAAUCUGCAGCUAAAAGAUGGCUAGAAGUGAACCUUUUAGGUCACGGAUGGUUGCACCCAUCUUUUCUAAAAGAAAUCACGUCUGAUUUAAUGGCAGAACUUAUUUCUAGCUCCGAUUUAGUUGCAAUGCAGACAGAAUUUUGCAUAUAUAUGAUGCUGCGGGUCUGGCUGUUUGUACACGUACAUGAUAAUACAGAAGAGACUGUGCAAAUGGAGGAGUACUUCAAAUAUCAUAGUUGGAAGGAACCAUUCCUCGUAACACCAGAAGGAAAAGAAUUUGCUACUCCGUUUAAAGCACUAAGAAUGAAAUAUUUGUUGCUUCAUGAUCAGGAUGUGAAAAUUCUGUACAGUGACAAUUUGAUUCCACCGGAAUGGUUGCAUAACGCAUACAAAGAACAGUGGUUACAUUUAUUACAAAUUGAGGCAAGCAAAGACAACGGACCUAAGCAGAUGAGCGAGGAAGAAUUCAACCAAGAAUGUUUUCGCUGCGGAAGGUGUGUGGAGAAAGCAGGUGAACAUACAUGGAGAUGGACAGCUUUUCUUUUUGGUCUUGACCUGGUCAUUUCCCUCGAUACGACAUCACUUAGGAUCAAACGAAAUCAUAAAAUGGGAUCGGAUCACAUAAAAACUAACCAUAGCAAUUAUAAUAUUAUUUUAAAAGUUUGCUUAAUUUCUCUAGACGAGCAACGACAAGUUAAGCAUCUACAGAACUCUGGCUUACUUAAAUUAUCUCUCCAUAAAAAUGAAGAGUUCUCUCUGUAUUUUCAGAAACAAAUAAUGUCAUUGGAUAAGCAAUUGACUUACCCAUUAUAUAUUUCGGUGAACUUGCAAGUGGUAACUCCCUUUUCCACGAAUGAAGGGGAAAAAUCGACGGAGACUACCAUCCUCUUGGAUACGUAGUCUAUUAAACUGUUUAUGUCCCAGCUUUCACACAACGCAAAUCAACAAGGUUGGUGCAUGAAUUUGUACGUACAGAUCGUACAAUUCGUCAAUCAUGCUAGUCUUAAAAUUCCAACCAGCCUUAUGCCACAAGCAUAAUCGUUCGAAGGUAUUGAUUGCUUUAAUAAUAGCAAUCGGGGAAAAAAGAAUCUUAUGACUUUAUGGACUCAACAAAUAUACAAGGCUGCAAUGACUUGGCAGGUGGAUCACUGACAGUUGUCAGUCGUAUAUUGCUCUUACUGGAGAGACUCUUUGAUUGUACCCGGAUUUAAUUUCAAAUGCAUACUUAUGUAUAAAUUAAUACGUAAUUGCAAAUCAUCUUACAGAAAAUCGCAGACCAUGUAAGUGGCUUAUUAAUGAAAGGCUUCUUAAUUUGGAAAUACAAAGGUUAUGUUUUUGUUUGCAUCGCACUGCCACUUUGAGAGGGAACUUUUAAAAGUGCAUCGUCAAUCAACGAAUUGUGAACGUUUCUCGCCGUAUCGAAAAUAUCCGUGUUUUUAAUCCGGAAAAUACACUGCGAAGGUGGAGGGAAAAUAUUUCGUUGAUAUCGAGUACUGCCAAUAUCGGUACUUUGUGGAAAUUAGAUUAAAGUAUUGAUUCGGCAAAUAUUCAGACAAUUGCUCAUAAAAGAGAAGCCACAUUCGUUUGCGGCAUAUUUUUUUUUUUUUCUUUACUUUCCCGGAUUAGAAAUGAUGUAUAUUUCGUUUAUCGUGUAGCUCCUACGAUACAACUCCGAUUAACAUUGAACAGUAAGAAUAAUUGUUCCAUUCCAUACUUUUCAUACGUUCCUGUUACAUGAUCAAUGCAUCGAAUCACAUUACAUAAAGUUAAUUCGUUAAAAUAAUCAAAUAUUUAUUACCGCGUGCAUAAUGUAGCUCACAUCUCCAGACUAGAAAUGUUAUGAAUUUCAAUGAAAUUACGGAAAUUAUAUUUCCUGUAUGGAGAUUUACGCAACAGCACCUUGCUAAUAUGAUUGUUGUCCUACAUUUUGCAAUAUAUUCCAUUUCUUAAGCAAGGAAACCAUUAAUAUACGCUUAUACAAAUAGUUCAACUUAUUUUUGAUAUCGCCAUUCAAAUUCAACCUGACUUUAUUUUGAAAUUUGUUUUUUCUUUUUUUUCUUUUUUUUAAUUUAUAGAGUGACGAACAUGAACCAUUACGUUGAUUUAAAUUAUAUUUUGUAAGGUUCCUGAAAUCACUUAAACACCUGCAAUGCAUAAUUCUUCAUCACAAGAAACCUCGCAACUUAAUUCUUACGAACGAUUAAUCAUAUCAUCCUAUUAAACGUCAUUGAUUGAACAUCGCACAAAAUCUUUAAAAGUAUAUUUAAUUGUAAAAGGCAUUUACGAUGGCGAAUGUACUGUGUGUGUCACUGGAUUAAUGAUACAAAAAAGAAGAAAUACUAACACUUGGGAAAGAAAACUCCGGUGCCUUUUUGAUAACGAAAUUUCAACUAGGGUGAUUCAUAAUUUUUUACGAGCUUUUAAAUUUCUUACGUAGAAUUAUUACACCGCCACGUACUUCGCGGAUGACCUACUAAUAAGCGUGUAGUUUGAAAUCUUCAGGAAAAAACAAAACAACAACAACAAAGAAACCGGCUAAAAUUGAGCUGUCGAUAUAUUGCGAGAAUAGAGAAAGUAUAGACAGUGCGAAGUUGAGAUAAAUUUAAAAUUUAACCUGGUGACUCGUUACUGGUGCAAGGUGGUGCAAACUAUAUUCUCAAGCACUAUCUAAACUUUCUCUAGGCUGUGAACUAGUACUGCGUACCUGUACCGAAAUGUAUGUGACUAGAUAAUUUGUAAUAAAAUGUUUACACGA